CCCGGUUUGGCCCGGAACCGGAACCGGAACCGGCCACCAGCGGUUCGGGCUCGGGCCCCAAUUUUCUGGCCCGAGGCCCGGCCGGGCCCAGGCCCGAACCGGACCCAGGCCCGAACCGGGCCCGAGUCCAGCCAUAGUGCUGACCUUUGAGAUCGGAUGAGUGUUUUGGUGCUGCUUGAUCUUCUUGAUUGUUGGAUGUCAUUGGCGAUGGUGGGUUUCAAAUUCCUUUACUUUGGAUUCUGGAGUUCUUCUGUUGCAUGUAUGCUCUGAUGAUUGGGGGUUUCCAACGAGGCGUAUUCAUCCAGACUCCAGAGUGCCUUGGGUGGAUCAGUGGAUGGGUGGCCAAAGUAGUUGUAGUGAGGUGGCGUUGGGGAUGGACUGGGUCGGUCUGGCCCGACCUCGGACGGGUAAGGUUUGUACCGGCCUGGGCCCAUUUAUCCGGGAUACUGGAACUGUUACUAACCCGGUACCCGGUCCGGUGGACAAGGGAGGCGGGCAUCGGAUUCCUAUUUUAGUGGACCGGCACUGUUUGGGCCUGAUGGUCACAAAUUCAACUCUUUUUUUCAAUUAUAUUGUUUGGGCUGCUGCUAGGCAUUGGCAACGGGUAGGGGUGGACUCGGGCCGGUUUGGGCCCAGUUCAGGUCUGGGCCCGGCCGGGCCUCGGCUCACGAAAGGGGAGGCCCGGAACCGGCCCGAGUAACCCCCGGGUCCGGGCCGGGCCUCGGUUCAAUUUAUAUUUUUUUUGGCUUUUCCUAAUUAACCCCCAACCCUCAAUUGUUUAAGCUGCAUGUCUCAGUUUCUAUUCCAACUUAUAGGAAUGAAGAUUCUUAUUUGGCAUGAAAUAAACGCGGUAAGGGCUGUAGGUUAGAUCACAUAAUCUGUAUAUUUCUUGCACAAAGAGAACCAUAACUAUGAGUUUAUAAUGAACAUCAAAUGGCUGAAUAUAUUGUCGAAGUUUUCUAUGUGAUUUAUAUGUAUACACAAUAGUUAAAUUAUUCACAUUUGUUUGUAUUGAAUAUAUAUAUAUAUAUAUAUAUACACAAUAGUUAAAGAAUUCACAUUUGUUUGUAUUGAAAUGAUAUGUUUUUAAAUGUUGGUUUAGCAUUAUCUAUUCUGUAUAACCAUUUUGUGUUGGUGGUGUUUCCUCCUUUGAAUCAAUACUUUCAUUGCAAUGGAUAACUAUGCACUGUUUGCAAGAGUUGUGUUGCAGUUAGUUUUUUUUUGCUCCACCAUGGGGCUUUACGGGGUGAAAUGAAAGGUAAAGUUGAUUAUUGAGAUGACCCGUUGGUCAAGCAUAUGGUGGUGUCAAAAUGGGGUAGAAUAUAUGACAGAUUUAUGACUCUUUACAUUACAAUUAAUUACUUCGUAAUGUUUACUUUUUCAGGAAACAUGUACCUCAAGCCUAGUAAUAUUUGAGCAGCUACACAGAAAAUCUUCACAAGGAAGCUAUGGUGUAGAUACUAUGUAUAUGUUUCACUUAUAUUUUGUAAUUAGUAUGACAGUCAUGACAUUGUUUUGAGUAC